AUGCUUUUGGAGUUUCCUGUAUCAAUCAAGCUGCUCGAUUAUUACAAGUUCCAACCUACUGUAAUCGAUGAAGAGUAUAUCCACCUUCGCAUGCCAAUAGGAGUGCCGCAAGGGAAGACAAGCGGAUCGGAAAGCGUCGAAGUACUUGACUUAUCUGCAUUAUCUACCAACACGUAUAGAAGCCAAGGAAAAGUCUUUAGCCCAAUGUUAGAAAAAGAAUACCGUAUCCAGUGUGCUGAAUGCCAAUCGGUUCUAGUGGAUCGCGUUCAUUUCAAACGCGUCUUGCCAUUGCCUCGUGCGUCGUGGAGCGAAGCAGCAUCCGACUGGUAUUGCCAUCUGCAUGUCGGAGAGGCGUGUCAUCAGAAGCUAGUGCCUCGUACAACUGAUUGCCUUUAUGGCAGUUGUUACCACGCUUUGACAGCCAGUUUGUUAAUUAAAGGGAGCCUGGAAUCUACUGGGAAAGAAUCUUUGUGUUCCAAAUGUCAGUCUUCAGUCGGUCUAAUGGGCGACGACCUUUGGAAUGUAUGGUGCCACUCUAUUAAAUGGUCUGUGCUUGAAGAUAAUAGUCAAUGGAAGGUAGCACAAGAUGCCGCGACACCGUUACAAGCUUUUUAUUUGACUCUGCACGACGCGCUGGAAGAGGAAAAGUCUUUUUUUGGACGGAAGCUUGCCUUUCGAGAUGGCUUGGGAUGUGGACAAACUGUACUUCUAUGGUUUGUUGGUGACAAUGGAUUCACGCUUGAUUCCGGAGAGUCUAUCGCCGGUGCGGAGAUCCAGUUACGUCGAAGUAGACUACAUAAGGUCCUCUAUAAAUCAGAGAAUUCGGUAAGUAAGAAAAUUCCAAGUGACGUGAGCGAAUACCAAGUAAGCAAGGAGAUGAUGGAAACUGCCUUGGCUGUGCUGCGCAAUAGUUCCAAUCAGCUUCCUCUCGGCUGUCGGGCGGCCGCUGGUUUCUCUGUAGGCUUUCUAUCUCUUGCUUCUUGA